AGCACUUCGGGUGACACCGCGGCUCUGCCUCCAUCCUCCGACAGCAGACGCCCGCCCAUCACCCCUCACCGCUCACUCUUCAGGAACACGGUGGACAACGAGUUAGGUAGCGAGACGUCCAGAACUGAAUCAACGCGCCCCCGGUGACAAUCAACGCAAUGGAGGAAGGCCAGCACAAAGCAGCGGCAGGCUCGGAAGAUGCGGCCGCGCUCGCCCGGCUGGGCGUGAAGCAGGAGCUGGAGCGCAACUUCAGCACCAUCUCGAUGCUCGGGCUGGCCUUCGCCAUCCUCAACAGCUGGACGGCGCUGGCCACGUCGCUGUCGCUCGCGCUGCCCUCGGGCGGCCCCAGCGCCAUCAUCUGGGGCCUCGUCGUCGCGGGGAUCUGCAACCUGUGCCUGGCCGCGUCGCUGGCCGAGUUCCUGUCGGCGUACCCGACCGCGGGCGGCCAGUACCACUGGGCGGCCAUCGUCAGCUGGCGCCGCUUCAGCCCGGCCAUCAGCUUCGUGACCGGCUGGAUCAACGUGGCGGCGUGGGUGUGCCUGACCGCGACGGGCGGCUUGCUCGGCAGCCAGCUGAUCAUCGGCCUCAUGGCGCUGUUCAACCCGAGCUACGAGGCGCAGCCGUGGCAGCAGUUCCUCAUCUACAUCGCCUACACGCUCGCCGCCUUCGUCAUCAACGCGCUGGCCAACCGGCUGUUGGCGCUCUUCACCAAGGCCGCCUUCUUCUGGUCUGUGGCGGGCUUCGUCAUCAUCAGCAUCACGGUGCUGGCCUGUGCCGCGCCCGAGCACCGGUACCAGAGCGGCGCCUUCGUGUACGGCGCCUUCAUCAACGAGACCGGCUGGCCCGACGGGCUGGCCUGGCUGCUGGGCCUGCUGCAGGGCGCCUUCGCGCUGACGGGCUUCGACGCGACCGCGCACAUGAUCGAGGAGAUCCCGCGGCCGCAGCACGAGGGCCCGCGCAUCAUGCUGCUGUGCAUCGGCAUCGGCAUCUUCACCGGCUUCGUCUUCCUCAGCUGCCUGCUGUUCGUGCUGCGCGACAUUGACAACACCAUCGGCUCGACGGCCGGCCCGCUGCUGCAGAUCCUGUACGAUGCCACGGGCAACAGCCGCGCCGGCGCCACAUGCCUGUACAUCUUCCCCAUCGUGUGCAUGCUGUUCACGACGACCAGCCUCAUGACGACGAGCAGCCGGAUGAGCUACGCGUUCGCGCGCGACCGCGGCCUGCCGGCCAGCCGCGUGUUCGCGGCCGUCAACCAGACGCUCGGCGUGCCGCUCAACGCGCUCAUCUGGACCACCGCCUGGGUCAUCAUCUUCGGCUGCGUCUUCCUGGGCUCGACCAGCGCCUUCAACGCCAUCGUCUCGGCCAGCGUCGUCGCCCUCGGCGUCACCUACGCCAUCCCGCCCGCCAUCAACUGCCUGCGCGGCCGCCGCAUGCUGCCCGCGUCCAGGCCGUUCAAGCUCUCGGAGCCGGUCGGCUGGACGGUCAACCUGAUCGGCAUCGCGUGGACGGUGCUGACCACGGUCCUGUUCGUCUUCCCGCCCGAGAUCCCCACGACGGCGGCGAACAUGAACUACUGCAUCGUCGCGUUCGGCGUCGUCCUGCUCAUCGCCGGCGUGCAGUGGAUCGUGGACGGGAGGAAGAACUUCACGGGCCCCAAGGUGGACAUCGACGGGCUGGUGCACGGCGCCGUCGAGGCCAUCACGGUCGGCGAAGGCGACGUUGUCGAGGUCGAGCAGUCGGAAAAGCGUGAAGAGAGCUCCAGUUGAGUCUCACCGGGUGACCAGUUAGGGGCAAUCUGUGUGUGAGAAACGCAGCCCGCUUCGAUCCGUCAUGUGAUCGGGGCGUACUUGGGCGGGCAAAGAGAAGGUAGUGUUGAAAUGUAAUGAAUAUGUUGUGUCGUGUUGAUUGGGUUUUCCCUCCUUGCACUUCGUUAGCCAUCUUCAGGGGCCGUCGAGGACCGGCAGAUCUAAGGAUACAUCGCGAUUUUGCCCUGCCGGCAACCGCCUCUUCGGCAGGCAUAUCAAAAUGCCCAUCGUAGCGCUCCUGACCUGAUCCAGGUCAUGUAAAUAUCUCAAACAGGAUACACGGCAGGGCCGCGGAAAACAAGGGUCGGCUGCU